AGCAUCUGCUGUCAUGCAGUUGCAGUAUAUGGGCUUGUGUUUAUGGGUGUGGAAUUGUGGACAGGUCAGCAGAAGACCUCUCCACUAGUUAAUGUUUUCGUGGGGGAAGGCAACGAAGGUAAGUCAGCGGUUUUGCAGCAGAUGUUACUUUAUUCAGAUUUCACUUUUUUUUUUGGCAUAAUGUAUGAUUACAACAGGAGUCUGGAGUUACAUGAUGAAACAUAAGGUCAAAAAGGCCCAGUGAUGGCGUCUGAACCAGGCCGUAACGUUCUACGUCUGCUGCGCUAUGCUAUUCUGUUAGUAGCUGUCCUGCUAACAGGUUCUAUGUACUACACCCCUUCAUUUCGCUGCCUGACCCAGCAACUUGAACCUGUCCACCAAGAACCCCUCCAUGUUGUAGUGCUAGUCUGGCUCUGGCCUUUUAACACCACCUUUAAGCUUGACAUCUGCAAAUCCCAGUUCAACAUAGAGGGCUGCCUGCUAACAGCGGAUCGGACACUGUACGGUAAAGCUGACGCUGUUCUCAUCCACCACAGGGACAUCGUUUGGGAUUUGUCCAAUUUACCCAAAUCUCCUCGGCCACCUCACCAGAAGUGGAUCUGGAUGAAUUCUGAGUCGCCGUCCAACACGGCCCAAAUCCCCAGCCUAGAUGGGCUGUUUAACGUUUCGCUGAGUUACCGUAAAGAUGCAGAUAUUAGCAUGCCUUAUGGGUGGGUGGUUCCCCUCGAGAAGGAGCUGAAGCAUUUUGUGCCUCCGGAAAAAAACAAAAUAGUGUGCUGGAUAGUUAGUAACUACAAGCCAGAGCACAGGAGAGUGUAUUACUUCAGAGAGCUGCAGAAGUACAUCCGGGUUCACGUCUAUGGGGAUUACUUCGACCGGCACCUCUCUGUGGAAGAAUACAAGGAGAUCAUUGCAAGCUGCAAAUUUUACCUCUCCUUUGAGAACUCUGUGGAUAAGGACUACGUCACCGAAAAACUGUUCAACGCUCUGGCUCUGGGGGCUGUGCCGAUAGCCUUUGGCCCUUCCAGGGAGAACUACGAGCGUCUUGUGCCCAGCGAUGCUUUUAUCCAUGUGGAAGACUUUCCCUCUGUGAGAGCUCUGGCUAAGUACCUUUACCUACUGCAUGAAAAUGAAGCACUGUAUCACAGGUACUUCAGAUGGAGGAAACACUUUGAAGCAAAGACCUCUUCCUUUCCAGUAGAACAUGCUUGCCACUCUUGCGAGUACAUUCGACGCAACAAGGGGUACCAAGUGCUGAGAAAUCUGUAUCAGUGGUUCUGGGAUGGCAGUAAAGGACAUGACAUGCCUCUUUUCUUUUACUAGCGGUCUUGUACAAGCACUCUUCAACAGCAGAGGACUUUUCUAUGGAGGCCGCUUACCACCAGGUAGAGCAGACAGUCAUCUCAGUGGUGUAUGCGGUCCCCCUCACUACGCCCCCCCCUUCCUUCUGUUUCCAGUAUGUCAAAAAUAUUGACACAUUGAAUCAAUAUUUUGAGAAGACAAUCACUUGCUAUGUCAAAAUAAUGAAAUUUCUUGUAAUAAUGACUUAUCCUGAGAUAAUUACUUGCCUUCUUGAAAAUGAAUAACUCAUUUUGACAUGGAUUUCCAACACUUAAAUUAGGCAUUAUUUUGAGGUAUUACUUCGAUAUUUCAAGAAAAUAAUUCAAAUUAUUUAAUUAUUUCAACACACUAAAUUUCAAGACACCCAACAUGAACAAAAGUCAUUAUUUUAAGACGCUAUAUCAGUUUUUACAGAUAAACGGACCGGGGUGGGAGGGGGGUUGUUCCCCUCUAUGUAGCAGGAAGAGGCUUCCAAAUGUUUGUAGCACAUGUAGUAUGUACAGUUGUGUGCAAAAGUUUGGGCAUCUCUGGUCACACUUACGUUUUGUUGAUUUUCUACGUGGAAAAUGAGAACAUGUUCUCUACAGGGAACAC